UCUCUCGGUGGGACAGUUUCUACCGUUGUGCCGAGACCGCCCGGGGUUGCCGACCGCCCGACUUCCCGUUGGAGUCGGCAGCACUUCGUCGCACCACCGUAUGCCUCACACUCCAUCACAGCCUCUCCUCCCACAACAACAAGCUUUUGCCAGGCCUCGACACUCGCAACCCAAGAGCAAAGCACAACUCGCUACACAACUAAAGUCACAGGAGUCAGCCAUGGAGAGCCCGAUGGUCAUCCUUUCCCACCACGAAGAAUACGGCAGCGAGCCGGCAGCAGCAGCAGUAGACGCAGUUGUCGACGAUGACGACACCCCGGAUCCGCCAACCAAGCAGCAGAAGCUCAUCAAGGCCGGACUACUAUUGGCCCUCGUGGUCAUCGUUGUGUACGUCAUCCUCGACUACACGGGCGCUCACCGCAAUCACGGCUAGUAUAGGCAAAGAGCGAGCACACAGUGCAGGCUGCGAUUGAGGGCAUUGUGUGUGUGCGACUCUCUCGGUGUUGGUGUGUGCGUCGGGGCUCCCCGUGUUUGUCCAAUCCAGCUGGUCCAAACCUGCCCUCAAACGUACGCGACUUCAGACAGCAAACUGCUGUUCAUGUAUCGAGCGCCAGAUUUUUUUCGCCCCCGUGGGUGCCUGUUCUUUUUGCGGAUCGAUCAUCCCGCCGUUCUACCGAUCGCCGGUUGCAUGCACCCUACCAAGAACCGCCUCGUACCAUAGGUUUUGCCAGAAGCUGUUGGGCGAGGUGUUGCCUCGCUUCGUACCUAAAUAAAUUUAGCAGUGAGGGCCACCGGUUGGUAGAUAGCAAUACAGCAGAGCACACGCGUAGGAAAUGCUACCUGAACGAUGAAAAUUCUGCGAGAAGAUCUUAAAAACACCGAGCGAAGAGAGUGCGGCGAAUACAUGAAACUGGGCGAUCUUGUAUGGUUUGCAUGGGGAUUUCGUCGGCUACUUUUCUCUCUGCUGCGAUGGAGGACGUUGCUGUAUUCGUCUCUCUUCACAACCAACGUUUUCUUCCCUACAGUACUCGAUAAGAAGAACGAACCAACGAGGCACAUCUCUUCUAGACUACAUCCAGCUCCCACGUUCAGCGACAAUUGACCUUGCACCACGUCCGGAACGGUCCAAGUGUAACCAUGCUAAUGCAUCUACUGCUACCUCUUGUCGCUGUCGCCUUGCACCCCCCAGGUUCCCGGCCUAGGCUUCGUCGCGGAUACCCUGACGUCCUUCCUGGAGUGGGUUGAGGACAACCCCGGGCUCGGUGCGCUUGCCUUCGCCCUGGUGUACGUCUUCACCACCGUGUGCUUUAUCCCCGGCUCGCUGCUCACGCUGGGGGCUGGCCUGGUGUUCGGCCGAGCGCUGGGGACUGGCUUGGGCAUUCUCGUCGGGUCCCUUGCUGUGCUGGCCGGUGCUACAGUCGGUUCCAUCUUGGCCUUCUUGCUUGGCCGCUUCGUCCUCCAAGAGCAGGCCCAGGGGCUGUUCAACAAGUUCAAGGUCCUCAAGGCCGUCAACCGUGCGAUCAAGUCGCAGGGGUUGAAGCUGGUGAUUCUCCUUCGCCUCUCUCCCGUGGUGCCGUUCAGCGCCUUCAACUACGUCAUGGGAGUCACGGACGUGUUCUUCAGGGACUAUGCCAUCGGUUGUGUGGGGUUCAUCCCCGGAACCGUCGCGUUUGUGUUCAUCGGCACCACCGCGUCCGGGCUGCUGGGCGACGACUCGGAGGAGGAGGAGGAGUCUGAGGACGGGAACAACGGCACGGUGCAGCUCAUCGUGGGGAUUGUCGGGGGCAUCGCAACCGUGAUCGCGGUCGUGCUGAUCAGCGUCUACGCCAAGCGCGCCCUGAACAAGGUUCUGGAGGAGGACCGGGUAGCGCAGGAGGCGCUGGAGAUGGGCUUGGAAAGCGGCAAUGGGGGGAUGAACAGCAUGGAACAGUCGGCUCAAGAUGGCGCGCGGCCAGCGGUAGUAGAGCACGCUGUUCGCAUGCCGGCCUAAAGGUUGGGGAGAGCGAGGGCGAGACGAGAAGGACACAAAAUACAGACUUGGUGCCUGGUUCCGCUGCGGCGGUCUUUGCAUGCAGUUGGGGGUGGGUGGGCAGGGGAAGGGCUCCGCGAGAAGAGAAUCUUCGCUGUUAUCUUGAGUGCGCAUGGGGGUUGAAGUAUUUGUUCAGCGACGGCAACCUACGUUAUCCGUGCUGGGUGUGGUUCUCCGUCCGCCUCCUGUAAAAAUAUUUCAAUGGUGCUUUUGUUUGUUGAUGUUUUUUGGUGUGAUUUCGUCCGGAGUGUCGUGAAUUGUGAUUUCAUCAGGUGUUUUUACGUCGUGUUUACUGGAGUUCCAUAGGCGGUGUGAAACAAAUCGGCCGUUUCGGCGAAGAAAGCCCCCUUGGGGCAUGUGGUAACAAGAAUGAGAGAACGUGGAAAAAAACGUUUGUUGCUGAAAGAUGCGGGGAGGACGCGAUCAUCGCUUGCGUGCAGUGUUGAAGACGACGCUGUAGACGUUUUUGAGGUGUGAAUUGCCUUUCCCAUAUCGCGUCGGGCCUGAAAUGUUGGUCUGUCUUCACAAAAUGUUAGGUGUUGCCUGAUCUCAGAAGAAGCCGACACAAUAGUACAUUAGUUCCUCGGUGUGACACAGAAGCGACCUUAGACUUGUGGUGGAAAACUUGGUGGAAUAAUAUAAUAGACUAGUCAGAGUAGCGGGGGCCACGACAGGCUUGACAAUGUCCAGUUUCAAUUAUUCUUCGUUUUUUGGGAAGAUCUUGACCGGU